CACCGGAUGUCACGCUGUUUCCUAUUUUUCCCGUUUGUUGCUUGGGAUGGGGGAAUCCUUAGCUAACUCAAUGACGUCUGUGCGACGUCAGUUUCUACUCGGUUUCAAUGCUGUUCAGGUAGUUUGCUAGUUUAUGCAGUGGCGGCCAUAUUCACAUCUAUAGGCAUCGCAUUAGACGUUUUCGGUUUGUGUGGGACACCCAGACCUCAGAUCCUUCACGCCGAUUCUUCAUCUUACCUUUGAACUAACACCAGAACAUCCCAAUAUACAUCUUAAGAGCACUGGAAUACACCCGGGGCCUCUACAACGAAAAAAUGCGGUCUGAAAUAAGACGCUAGUCUGACUGUACGAUGCCUUUUGCCCAGCCGCAAGAUUCCUGGCACAAAAUGGAGGUGCAUAGCUUAAGUGAGGUCAAUGGGCAUCAGAUCACCGACGAGCCGAUGGAGGAGGGAGAGCCUCUCUCGCACUGUGAAGAGGGCGCCUAUAAGGAGAUCCCCAUCACCCACCAUGUGAAGGAGGGCUGUGAGAAGGCCGAGCCCUCCCAGUUUGAGCUGCUCAAGGUGCUCGGCCAGGGUUCCUUCGGCAAGGUGUUUCUUGUUCGCAAGAUGAUGGGCCCAGAUGCCGGACAGCUGUAUGCAAUGAAAGUGCUGAAGAAAGCCUCUUUGAAAGUUCGGGACCGUGUUCGCACCAAGAUGGAACGGGACAUUUUGGUGGAGGUGAAUCACCCCUUCAUAGUGAAGUUGCACUACGCCUUUCAGACAGAAGGGAAGCUCUAUUUGAUAUUAGACUUUCUCAGGGGCGGAGAUGUCUUUACUCGUUUAUCCAAAGAGGUUAUGUUUACAGAGGAGGAUGUGAAAUUCUACCUUGCAGAGCUGGCCCUUGCAUUGGACCAUCUACACAACCUAGGCAUUGUUUACAGAGACCUGAAGCCCGAAAACAUUUUGCUUGAUGAAGCUGGACAUAUCAAGUUAACAGACUUCGGGCUCAGUAAAGAAUCAGUGGACCAGGAUAAGAAAGCUUACUCUUUCUGUGGUACUGUGGAAUACAUGGCACCUGAAGUGGUCAACAGAAGAGGACACACGCAGAGUGCCGAUUGGUGGUCCCUCGGGGUUCUAAUGUUUGAAAUGUUGACGGGUACUUUACCCUUCCAAGGGAAAGACAGAAAUGAGACCAUGAACAUGAUUCUGAAAGCAAAGUUGGGAAUGCCACAGUUUCUAAGCCUGGAAGCGCAGAGUCUCCUGAGAAUGCUGUUCAAACGGAAUCCAGCCAAUCGGUUGGGAGCUGGCCCAGACGGUGUGGAGGAGAUCAAAAGGCACGCCUUCUUCUCCACCAUAGACUGGAACAAACUGUUCAGGAGGGAACUCCAGCCCCCAUUUCAGCCAGCGGCAGGGAAACCUGAGGACACCUUCUGCUUUGACCCAGAAUUCACUGCAAAGACCCCGAAAGAUUCCCCCGGCGUCCCGCCGAGCGCCAACGCGCACCAGCUCUUCAAAGGCUUCAGCUUCGUGGCCCCGGCCUCCAUGGAGGAAGGGAAGAGCUCCCCGCUGGUCAACAUCCUCCCCAUGGUACAGCAGCUGCACGCAGGCUCCACGCAGUUCGCGGACAUCUACGAGCUGAAGGAGGACAUCGGCGUGGGGUCCUACUCCAUAUGCAAGCGCUGCGUCCACAGGGUCACCGGCAUGGAGUUCGCUGUCAAGAUCAUCGACAAGAUCAAGAGGGACCCCUCAGAGGAGACAGAGAUCCUAAUGCGAUACGGCCAGCACCCCAACAUCAUCACUCUGAAAGACGUGUAUGACGAGGGGCGCUUCGUGUACCUGGUGACGGAGCUGAUGAAGGGCGGGGAGCUGCUGGACAGGAUCCUGCGGCAGAAGUACUUCUCCGAGCGGGAGGCCAGCGGCGUGCUGUACACCAUCGCCAAGACGGUGGACUACCUGCACUGCCAGGGGGUGGUGCACCGGGACCUGAAGCCCAGCAACAUCCUGUACACGGACGACUCGGGCGACCCCAACUCCAUCCGGAUCUGCGACUUCGGCUUCGCCAAGCAGCUGCGCGGCGAGAGCGGCCUGCUGCUCACGCCCUGCUACACCGCCAACUUCGUGGCGCCCGAGGUCCUGAUGAGGCAGGGCUACGAUGCCGCCUGUGACAUCUGGAGCCUGGGAGUGCUGCUGUACACCAUGCUGGCGGGCUACACGCCCUUCGCCAACGGGCCCAACGACACGCCCGAGGAGAUCCUGCUGCGAAUCGGCAGCGGGAAGUUCUCCCUGAGCGGAGGGAGCUGGGACACCGUGUCUGACAGCUCCAAGGAGCUGCUCUCCCACAUGCUGCACGUGGACCCGCACCAGCGCUACUCCGCCGAGCAGGUACUCAAGCACUCGUGGAUCGCCUGCCGCGACCAGCUCCCCCACUUUCAGCUGGCGCGCCACGACGCCCCGCACCUCGUCAAGGGAGCGAUGGCCGCCACCUACUCAGCACUGAACCACAAGACCUGCCUGCCGGUCCUGGAGCCCGUGGCCGCGUCCGGCCUGGCCCAGCGCAGGAACAUGAAGAAGCUCACCUCCACAGACUUAUAGUGCACGGCCGACUCUGCGGUGGGAGGGCGCGUCUGUGUUAGUGUGUGUGUGUGUGUGUGUGUGUGUGCGCGCAUGCAUGAGUGUGUGUUUGUGUGUGUGAGUGCGUGCGUGUGUGUGUGCAUGUGUGUGUGUGCGCGUGCAUGAGUGUGUGUGAGUGAGUGAGUGUGUGUAUGUGCAGGUGCUUGUGUGUGUGUGUCAGCGCGUGCAUGCGUGUGUGUGUCAGCAUGUGAGUACGCGUGGGUGUGUGCGUGCGUGUAUGUGUGUGUGCAUGUACGUGUAUGUGCGUGUGUGUGUGCAUGUACGUGUAUGUGCGUGUGUGUGUCAGCAUGUGAGUACGCGUGGGUGUGUGUGUGUGUGCAUGUACGUGUAUGUGCGUGUGUGUGUCAGCAUGUGAGUACGCGUGGGUGUGUGUGUGUGUGUGCAUGUACGUGUAUGUGCGUGUGUGUGUCAGCAUGUGAGUACGCGUGGGUGUGUGUGUGUGUGUGCAUGUACGUGUAUGUGCGUGUGUGUGGGGGUAUCUUGUUCUCUUUAUUUAUUUAUUCUGAUGUUUCCCUCCCCUUCGACCUCGGCACAUUGCUCCACCUCCCCGGCUAUCCCGCCCCCCUACCAUUCCAAACACGGCCCCCCAGGGUGGCUGUUCAUUGGUAGACGGGUUUCUGUGCACGCCCUGCAUCUCGUACCGUUGGAAACGUUUCUGGGUGCGAUCGUCGCUCGUUGAUUAUUGAUUUGUUUCCUGUAUGCACAUGUCCCCGCCCCCCUGAUACGAGCACCAGCUCUUACUCCAAACUCACUGUGACUGGCCCAGCUGGAGCUGCAGACACACACUGUACACUGUGCACGGCCCCGCCCACUUCCCUUAUUAGGUGACCCCCCCCCACCCACAGGCCCCCUCAUUUCUGACAUCGGGGAAACGUCCGACAAACCAGACCUCGCAUUCUGGAAAACGCAGACAUGUCCGUCUAUGCUGGAUAAAUCUGAUUGGAUGUUACCGUGGUAGAGAAGGGGCGGAGCUGAAUUUCUAAAGUGUUCACUGUAAUUCUACGGGAGAUGAGUCUGUGAAAAUGCCCAGCAACCGACAUUUCCUCUUUUGAAUUCACCAAGACACCAGAGCCUUCGUUUAUUUCUGUUAUUUUUCUAUCGAAUAAAAGAGGUGAGGUUUUUUUUUUUUUUUUUUUUUUACACGCGCACACUUGCAGCUUGUGGGGUUGCGCUCUUUCAGUGGUCUGCUCCUUGUUUCCCUCGCUUUUAAAACCUUUUUUAUCGUGUUCUUGGGGAUUAAAAAAAAAAAAAAAAAAAGAAAGCUACAGGUUAAAAACAAAAACAAAAGGUCGACGAAUGUGGACUUUUUUUUCUACAUUGAGGUGUGUUGUAGGUACAGUAUUAUUCCCGAGGGGUGAAAGGUCAGGGACCCAAGAGGAUGAUGGGAUUGAGGGAGGGACCCCUCUGUGUAAAAAGGCAUCUCUUCAAAGACAUUGUGGAAAUUGUAUCAUAUUGUAUUUAUUUCAUUUAAUUUUUGAAAAUAUAUUUUUCUUUCAAGGUCUGUAUAUAUUGACAUUAAAGAUCAUUAUUGAUGUA